AUGCAGACAGACAACGUCCAGGUCCUCGGAGGCGAGCAGAUGCAGGACAUAGAGGCAGAUGACAUUCGAAUGAAGGUAGCACCAGUGAACGAGGCACGCCAAGCGCAGCUACCCAACAUCCAGAUGGCAUCUGAGCAGUUGCAGACGUCGAUUGGCAAGGUAUCAAUAGCAUAUCUUUCUAAGUUUGUGGUCCCCUACGCAGACGCAUAUGAAAAGAUGCAACCGUGGACGUCCAAAGACAUCGCUCUUAUGUGA